GGCUGCGCGCGGCGCACGCCGGGAUGACAUGAGCCCAGAAGCUGGUGCUGCGGGUGCAGGCGUGAGAGACAGAAGCAUCUUCCUUCCCCACACACAUAUACAUGUUCACAGCAAAGGUGUGCUACUAUGGCAGACAAGAGUGAACUCAAAGCUGAACUGGAACGGAAAAAGCUACGGCUAGCACAGAUCAGAGAAGAAAAAAAGAGAAAAGAGGAGGAGAAGAAAAAGAAAGAUGGUGAUUUCAAGAAAGAGAUCCCUUCUGCUUCACAGGCUGAGUUGGAUCUGGAGAGAAAGCGUAAAGAGACUGAAGCAUUACUUCAGAGCAUUGGCAUAACGACAGAGCCCUCCAUGGUCCAUUCUCCUAUUUCCCCAUCGAACAAAUCGCUGGGAACGCCAAGUGAAUCUGAGAGCCAGGAAUCUGUGGAGGGCGCAGUUGGAGCCCGGACGCUGCAGUGGGAUACAGAUCUAUCUGUGCUUCAACUUCAGACUGAUUCUGAAAUGCGACAUCACCUGCAAAAGCUGGGAAUAGCCAGAAUUACCCAUGUGGAUAUUGCACCCUGUGAACGUCUUGCGCACUGUAAGGAAACACAGACACCAGUGGUUGCUAACCCAGAUGAAGAAAAACAGGAAUCAAUGGUUCCCGCGACAGCUUUAACUGAAGCAGAGACUGAAACAACUGAGGAACCCCAAGAGGAGAGAGAGGAAGGGCAUCAAGUGAGCAGACAUGAACUGACCGAGGAUGAAAAGGAAAACAUUCUUCAAUCUGAUUCAUUUCGGUCCUUCUUUGAUCAGACCUCAAGGGUGAUUGAGCAAGCACUUACUGAACAUGUUGACAUCUUCUUUGACUACAGUGGGCGCAAUCUCGAUGACAAGGAAGGAGAGAUCCAAGCAGGAGCUAAGCUGUCACUGAACAGGCAGUUUUAUGAUGAAAAUUGGUCCAAGGAUCGCGUUGUCACCUGUCUGGAUUGGUCACAGCAGUAUCCUGAACUACUGGUUGCAUCAUACACUAACAAUGAAGAUGCUUUGAAUGAACCUGAUGGUGUAGCCCUUAUAUGGAAUAUGAAGUUUAAGAAGACCACUCCAGAGUACAUCUUUCACUGCCAGUCAAAAGUCAUGUCUGCCUGCUUUGCACAGUUUCAUCCAAAUCUUAUGGUGGGUGGAACAUAUUCUGGUCAGAUUGUUCUUUGGGAUAAUCGCAGUAACAAGAAGACGCCCGUCCAGCGGACUCCACUGUCCGCUGCAGCUCACACGCAUCCUGUGUACUGUGUCAAUGUCGUUGGCACUCAGAACGCUCAUAACUUGGUCAGCGUUUCCACUGAUGGAAAACUGUGUACCUGGAGCCUGGACAUGCUGUCUCAGCCACAGGAUAGUAUUGAGCUGGUACACAAGCAAUCAAAGGCAGUGGCUGUAACGUCCAUGUCCUUCCCUCUGGGGGAUAUCAAUAACUUUGUCGUGGGCAGUGAAGAAGGCUCAGUGUACACAGCUUGUCGCCUUGGCAGCAAAGCUGGAAUAAUUGAGAUGUUUGAAGGACACCAGGGUCCAGUGACAGGGAUCCAUUGUCACACAGCAGCAGGAGCAGAGGACUUCUCUCAUCUCUUUAUCACUUCAUCAUUUGACUGGACUGUGAAGCUUUGGUCAACUAAGAGCAACAAGUCCUUGUAUUCCUUUGAGGACAGUUCCGACUAUGUGUUUGAUGUCAUGUGGUCUCCUAUCCACCCGGCACUCUUUGCCUGCGUUGAUGGUAUGGGUCGACUCGAUCUUUGGAAUUUGAAUGAAGAUUCCGAGGUUCCCACUGCAAGCGUCACCAUGGAGGGAAACCCUGCGUUGCAUCGUGUGCGUUGGGCGCAGUCAGGACGAGAGAUUGCAGUGGGAGAUUCAGAAGGCCAAGUGUUGAUUUAUGACGUUGGCGAGCAAAUUGCCAUUCCACGGAAUGACGAAUGGAGCAGUUUUGCCCAAACGCUUGUUGACCUGAAGGCAAAUGGGAAUGAUGCAGAGGAGGAUGCUACGACAGGUCUCCUUGCAUAACUGGUUGUUCUAGAGGCUUUGUCACAUUCAAUUUAUUAGUGGAGGAAACGGCUUCCAUGCUUACUAGCGCAAAUAAGCUUUCUCUUUAGCCUCUCCUUGCUAAAUGAUUAUGUAGAGAAUAUAAUAUGUGGAUUGUGCCAAUCUCCUCAUGUGAUUCAAUAUAUCUUCAGGACUUCUUACUUGGCUGGUAACGCGUUUUCUGUCCAGUUGCCUGGUUAGUCUCCAGUGUCACUUGUGAAUAAGCCCUCCUGUGUAUGUUCUAUUAGUAAUUGCUCUUCCAGUAAUCUAAGGCAGCAGUCUCCUUGAUGUGUAUGAGCAGUAGAGCAGAUCUAUACAUCAGGAUUAGUGAGUGGUCCCGUAAUCAUAUAAGACUUUUUGGGUUGGAAAAAAUCACGAUUGAAUGUGUUAUGCUUGCAUUACUUACAACAGAUCUUUUCAUCAUAUACCAUGGAAACUUGGAAGAUAUUCUGGCAUUUUAUAGUUAGAAAGCCCUCUUUUACAGGACUGAAUUGCUGGAACUUACCCAAGCCUCAAAAUCCAGUAAUUGAUGUCACUUCCAUGUUGUGUUGCAAAACUGGGUGUUAGGUGAAAGAAUACAUUAAAAAGUACCCACCUAUUUUGUAAUGCACUAUUGUUACAUUCCAAGUCAACGAUGAAAAUCAUUGUAAUUCUUCACUUGUCCAAAAACAUUUCAGGUUUCUUUAACAUGUGGAAUUUCUCUUCCAAUUUGCAAGCUCCAAGAAUGGAUAUGAAAUUUACAACCACGGGGACAAGCUGUAAACAAGGUUAUCUGGUCACUGACUGAAUGGGAAUAGUUUGAGAGUGAAAACAAAAGAAUGUAGGAGUUGUGAAAUGCUGAGUAGAUAGAUGUGUCUGGAAAAAUCAGUCUGAGCAUCUCUAUUCCCAGAGAGAAGAAAAAGGAGGGGGAGGAGCCAAACAAGCCAGGCCAGUGUCACGGAUGGAUGCAUGAUAUAGAGAGAAAUCAAGUUACCUGAAGUUGUAGAAUUCAAUAUUGAGUUCUGAAGGCUGCAAUGAGCCCAGAUGGAAGGUGCAAUGAGGAACUUCCCUUCCAGAAGCAUCUAGAACUAGUCUUGGGGAUCAGCCACUGGGAUGGAGAUGGGGGGGGGGGGGGGGGGUUAUUUUACCUGAGGAUUGAUUGUUUGGAAUGCUCUAUCCCAGGCAGCCAUGGAGGCUGAGUUAAGUGUGUGUAAGGCUGUGUUGGCCGGGUCAUUGGAUUACAUGGGAAGUGAGCAUUGUGUGGAACCGGCAGGGAAGUGGAGCUGAGGCCAUGGACCAGAUUAGUGAGGACCUCAAUGGCAGAGCAGGUGAGGGAGGCUGGAUACUCACCCUGCUCCUGUUCCCCAUUUUAUCAUGGAAAUAUUCAACCCAAACAUAACAUCUUUUAAAUGUUAACACUUAUUUGACUGUUUCUUUAAGCCAUUUCAAUGAAUAUUAUGUUUUUAUGUCAUUGGUAAAGGAUGGGAGAGCAUCUUGUAAUGUACAGACAAAAAUGCUGGAGAAACUCAGCGGGUGAGGCAGCAUCUAUGGAGCAAAGGAAAUAGGCAAAGUUUUGGGUCGAGACCCUUCUUCAGACUCACUGAUGCAGAAAAUAAACUGGUACAAGGGAGAUGUCUAAAGGUACACUAUAUCAAAGCUUGCAACCCAACAGUAUAAACACACUGAAUUCUUGAACUUUAGGUAACUCCUCCCCCCCCCCCCCUCCCCCUCCUCCCUGUCUCACCCUGGUGUGUCAUGGACUUAUACAGCAGAGAAAGACCUUUUGCCCCCAACUUGCCCAUGUGUGCAUCAAUUUCUCCCACUACCCUGCCCUUUCCCCUUCCUCCAUCCCCUACAUCCCACCCUCUGGCUUCACAUUCCACUCUUCUAUCCUUAUCUGACACCCUUGUCUCCUUUUCAUCUCUAACCUUUGUCCACCUUACUGCCAAUCAAACCCCCUCACCUGUCUUCACCUACCCGUUACAGACACGAAACGCCCCCUAUCCAUGUUCUCCAGAGAUGCUGCCGAAUCUACCAAGUUACUCCAGCACUUUGUCUUUUUUGUAUUUUGUUCUGUCAGAAUUUGAUUUUUUUUUAAACUAAUGGAAGAUCUACUUAAGUCUGGGGCGGAAACUAUGGUCUGACACUAUGGGAUCAAAUAGUUUAAAUUACUUGCACUUAAAACGAUUAACAAUAGAUGGGAAGAACUGGUUUCUCCGCAUGCCAUUUGCAAUUUGUCAUAUAAUUAAUUACAAACAGAAUCAAAAUCAGGAUAGGAUCAGGUUACCAGUCAGGUAGCAGUAUUUUCCCAGUUCAAUUAACCACCGAGGCUACACAGUGGAUCCACAACUGCUAUUUAUUCACUUUGUGUUGUAUACCAUUCGCUCACUUAAUUUGAAGGGAAAGCUGGAAAAUAUAACAAGUGCAUUCCAUGCCUAGGAUCUUGGAUGUUUCAACAAAAUCUUUCACUAUCUGCCUUAAUAUACUGGCUGCUUGGCUCCGUUCGUGUCUAAAAUAAUAACAACUAGCCUAUUCCACUUGCUAACUACACUUUAAGCAGAGCUUAAUUCUUCACAUCUCAAACCUGGUUUCUGAAAAAUAUCGCCUGAUUAUUUGCAAGCGUUGAGAAAUUAAUGUAUGAUGUAGUAUGUUUUUGUUGCAAUAACGUGCAAUUUGGAUUUUAAAUUAAUUUGUAUAAUUAUUUAAUGCAUAUCGAGUAAUUAAAAAGUUGUUAAAUAUUGUACCUUCAUAGUUAUAGCAUUUCAUAAAGCAAUUCAUUGUGUACAAAGCACUUUAAAACAUUUAGACAUAAGCUGGUUAUAUAAAUGGAGAUAUUUUAAUGAAUUUUGGCUCACAAUAUAGUUCAUUUCACCCUCCUGAAACUAGCUGUAAAAUACAAGAAAUAUCUUGUUCCUAUGAGAUUUUUCAAUCAAUGUAUUGCAAGCAUUAUGAAUGCAAAUAAAGUACAGAACAUUCCUUCAAUAUGCUUAAAA